AAUAAUGAUUCAGACGAUUUUCACGGGAUUGAAUUUGAAGCCAAGAGAAGACACAUUCAAAGAGUAUAUCACAUUGGUCGGAAUUGAUGUGGCAUAUUUGAUAGCCAUCAUGUUGGCAGUCAUGAUUAUCAUCGGCACCAUAGAGGCUCUUCAAAAAUUUUUCUAUAAAAAUAUCGCCGUCACAUUGGGAAUUGUCGUUUUUGCUGCCGCUCUGUUGGUCUUCACCUUUGCAGCCAAGAAAAUUCAGGAAAACUUUUGGUAUUCACAUAUUGCUUAUGGACUAAUCGUCCUACUCAUAUCCAUCGCAUACUGUUGUGUUUUUCAUGGAUUCAUUGCUCUCAAUAUUUUUAUAAUUUUGAAUGUGGCUCUAGCAAUAUCUGCUGCAGUCGUGUUAAUCGCUGUCAGUCUAAAUCGCUUAGAUUUAACAGCGUUUACGGCUGUCGUAUUCCUCGCAGUGCUCAUUGCAUUCAUAGGACUCGUAUCCAUGCUUCUCUCCGUUCUGCGUGUCCCAUUCUCUGAAGCUGUGAGCGAACUGUGUCUCUGUUUCGGUGCAAUGUUUGUGAGUUCAAUCGAUGUUUUUACCUGUGAUCUAUUUCAUUGGGUGAUUUCUCGCCAGAAAAAUCAAAAUAAGUAACUCAGAGAAAAUGUUUUCUCAACAAUUUUGUUAUCAAGCUAUUCAGUAGUAU